UGUCUCCGCAGUGCUGCCUGUCUACGAGGAGUGCGUUUGAUUGUUGCAGGGCUCAAUGGCGGACAGAGCAGGAUAGUCGCGUUAGCACCGAGGACAAUAACAUCUCCACUGCGUUUAAUCCCCGGCGUGCCCCGGUCCGCCGCUGCGUGCACCUGGUGCACCGGUAAUUACAUUAAACACAGAGUCUCCGCUGCUGCUUGGUGGUCUGGAGUUCCCGUCCCAAGUUACUCUGUUCACGGUGGCUCACUGAAGGCAGCUAGCUUGCGAGCAAAAUCAUGGGGGACUCUCUCGAGCUGAUAGGGAAGCGUCUCUUUCUGCUCCUCGACGACGGCAGGUCUGCAAAUGGAUCCGAGCCGGAGCAGGCUGCCUGGGCCCGGGACUGGCUGCGGGGCACGGUGCGGGCGGUGAGCGUCAUCGGCCUGGCCGCCCCGGAGGGAGGAGAGGCGACAACAACAAGCCCUGCUGCAGGGCUGACGGUAUUCGUGGAGUUUGAAAAUGUGGUGCAGAGCUGUUCUUGGGUGCAAGUGUAUGACAAGGGGGUAAAAGCACUGUUGGUGGAGGACUCCAUUGUUUGGGCCAAUCGAAGUGAUGGCACUGGGACCGCCGGGGCCCCAACAUCCUCCGCAGCCUGGCCCGCUCUGGUCUUCCGUUCCCUGGUGGACAGAGUGGGUUUAGGAUCGGUUGUUCCUGUGGAGUAUUUUGGAAACAAGAAUUUUGAAUUCUUGUCUGAUAACACAACUUUUCAGAGGUUUGAGGUUGACAAAGACCUGAGACACCCUUUGCUUUUGGAGCAGCCCUCCCUGCAGACUGCCGUCUCCAGCUGGCGUACUGACUUUGAACUGCAGGAGAUCUUCAGGAAGGGUUCCUACACCAUUCAAGGACGCAGGGUUCGUGUGUACCAGCCAGAGUUUGAAGACUACUGGGCCUCAGGACUGGUCUCACAGCACGACCCGAUCUCACACAUCAUGGAGAUUACCUUAGAUAAGGGAGACGAAACCCAGAUGGUAGAUCCUCGUGUGAUACAUGUCAUGCUGGCAGAGGAGGAGAAUGGGCGGCGAAGAAAGGACAGUGAUACAAUGAAGGGUGACAGUGGGCGCAGGCGCAGGACUGCGUCCGAAGGCGAGGAUGACUUGAACUUGAAGCGUUUUAAAGGAGCAGGCGAUACGGCAGCUGAUGGGCAAAGCUGCGGCGACUUCAACAAAACAGCAGUGGAAGGGAUGGGGAUCUGGGGCGGAGACUCCGGCGAAAGGGUCAGCAGCACGACCAAAAACGGAAGCUCGUCAGAAAGAACCUUUCCUCAAGGCAGAGUGUCGGCCCCCAACACUAACUCCUCACUUCAGAUGGACCAAUCGAACGCUACCCCUUCUCGCUUUCCUGCCCAUGUGAAAGAAAACGGUCGCCCACUCUCCACACAAGGUGCAGCAGACUCCACUACCGCCGUUACUCACACUCCCACUCCUCCUCCCCUCAAACCUGCCCCCUCUCCUUUCUCCACCACGUCUUUUCCCUCACUAGGCCAGAUGCCAAGCCUGGUCCCCGGAGCUCCAGCCCCCAAGGCCUCCUCAUCCCCCCAAACCGACCGAGAGGAGGCCUCACAAUCAGCUUAUUCCAAAACAGCUGCUCUUGUUUCCCCGGGCCCUGUCACCAUUUCUUGGUCGCAUGACAGCGGCCCCAGUGUGGCACUCUCUGCGUCUGUGGGUUUUACUCCUAAAGCCCCCACCUGGGGAAGCCAGACUGAGGGCUCCAAAACGGCGUCAGGUUUUCGUAUGCCCCAAACUGGGCCCUCUCAGACCAAUGGAGCUCCUUCCACCACCACAGCCUCCCAGGAUACUCCCAGGCCCUUUGGCUUCGGCUUUGGAGGAGCAAAGAAUGAGACUCAAUCCAAGCAAGACCAAAACUUGUUUAUUCAAUGCAUGACUCAGAAUUCUGGGUCCAGCCCAAGCCUAGCUGCUGGUCAGACCCAGUCCAAGGACACCAAUUAUUUCACCGCAGUGUCUGAGAGCCUGAGUAAGGAGCCCCCAAGCCUUUUCAAGUCCACAGCCUCCACUGAAGGGCAGAAAAAGCAUGAGCAGCCCAAAGUGCCUGAGACCCAUACAGCGGGAAAUGGUGUGCUCAAUAAAUCGUCAUCGACCUUCCAGGGCAUGGCUAGCUCUGCAGGAGGAAGAGGUCCUGGUCUGAGCAUCGGUGGUCUCCCUGCAGCCUCUGGAGCUCAAAGUACUUCUAAGAAGAGCAGUAAUAAUGGGACUUCUGUGGGAGGCUUAGGACUGCAAUCUGGGUUUAAUACUUCAGAUAGCCACCAGAACCUUUUCCUGCAGGCCUCCAAAGAGCCUGCUAAUCCAUUUCUGGCAUAUGGGGACAAAACUGCCCACACCUCCUUUGCUGGCCUCUCAGGGGCCGAGUCACAGACCCUUGGUUCUGCCUCGGACAGCAAGCCAAACCUGUUCACUAUGGCCGAGCCACCUAAGGGGAUUCUGUCUUCCCCUUUCCCAGCACCCUCAGCAGCUGCGUCACCCAGCUCUUCGUCUUCACCAGUACCGACUUCAUCACAGAGGUCACAGAGUGAAGGGACUGUGGCAAAGGAGGAGCAGGAAGUUGGAGAGAUGCCUUCAUCCACCUCAGCAUGCCCCUUGUUUGGGAGCACCGGCCCAGGUGGAAUAGAAGAUGUCCCGGCGUCCUUUGACCAGAGCCAGUCUCAGAAGUUCUCCCUGGAGGACAGGGGCCAAUCGUCCAAACGUGACUCUGGUGACUCCAGCUGCAACAGUGACCUGUCAGACCUGAGUGAGAAUGAAGACGGCCCAGUGAAAGGCCAGAUCCCAGGACGACCACCACUCCCUGUCAAGGAUGCUGCCAUGAUGCAGAAAACUAAGGUCCAGGGGGUAGCUAAGGGCCGUCCACGUAACAAGCCUUUUAAAGUGGGCCAGUCUGUACUGAAAGACCAGAGCAAAGUCCGGCGUCUGAAGCAGUCUGGCGAGUCCUUCCUCCAGGACGGCUCCUGCAUCAAUGUGGCCCCUCACUUGCACAAGUGCCGCGAGUGCCGCCUGGAGCGCUACCGUAAAUAUCGUACUACAGGCGAAGACAGCGACGACGACGACCCAAAUGUGUCCUGUCGGUUCUUCCACUUCAGAAGGUUGGCUUUCACUCGGAAAGGUAUACUGCGUGUAGAAGGCUUCCUGAGUCCGCAGCAGAGCGAUUCCAUGGCCAUGGGUCUGUGGCUACCUGCUCCCGCCGUCCAAGAGGGCCUCGACCUCGAUACAUCCAAGUACAUCCUGGCCAAUGUGGGAGACCAGUUCUGCCAGUUGGUCAUGUCUGAGAAGGAGGCCAUGAUGAUGGUGGAGCCUCACCAGAAAGUGGCAUGGAAACGAGCAGUGCGCGGUGUCAGAGAAAUGUGUGACGUGUGUGAGACCACGCUCUUCAACAUCCACUGGGUGUGUCGUAAGUGUGGCUUUGGAGUGUGUCUGGACUGCUAUCGGCUCCGCAGGAACAGGCCAAGGGAGGAUGUAGAUGAAAGGCCUGAGGAUGAGGUUUUCUCUUGGUUAAAGUGUGCCAAGGGCCAACCUCAUGAGCCACAGAACCUCAUGCCUACACAGAUAAUACCUGGGACAGCUCUUUACAGCAUUGGCGACAUGGUGCACUCGGCGAGAGGCAAGUGGGGUAUUAAGGCCAAUUGUCCUUGCACCAGCCGACACACCAAGUCUCUAGUACGCCCCAGUGCCCCGAAUGGGAUUCCACAGCAGUCUGCAUCAAGCAGUAGUGGCGUCCUCGCUGCGGCUUCGGCUUUUGGCACCACCCCAAAAUCAGAGGGAGAAACAUCAGCAGUCAAAACAGAAACCGCACAAACAGCAGCGCCAUCAGACAGCGGGGGAGGAGAACAUGUUGGCAGUAUCAGUAACUCCACCAGUGGUACAUCCUCCCCCUGUAACCACACCCAGUCCACUGCCAAGGAGUCGCGCUCAGCAGGGGAGGGCAACAGCUCGGCUCUGCACUGGCUGGCAGACUUGGCCACACAGAAAGCCAAGGAUGACACCAAGGAUUCUGGUUCACUCCGCUCCAUGAUGAGUCAAAACAGCCGGCCUCACUUCGGCCUGGACUCACUCAGUGCCCUUUCAAAGCCUUCUGCUUCCAGUCCUAAGCUAUUUAACAGUCUGUUGCUGGGCUCCAGCAUGGCCCAGUCCAAACCCGAGGGCUCCAGUCUCCGGGACCUGCUCAACUCCGGACCGGGGAAACUCCCCCAGGGGCCUGGGGAGAGCGGGGUGCCUUUCCCCUCUGUCUUUACCUCAGCAGGGAGUGACAAGCUGAAGAGCAGCCUCCCGAACUUCCUGGAUCACAUCAUCGCUUCGGUCGUGGAGACCAAGAAGGCAGAAGGCCGCCGGACCGGGGCCUCUGAGGGCGGAGAGCUCGGGGUGUUGGGGGGCCGCAAAGACGGAGUCAUGGGCCUAAGUGUUUUGGAACCACAUACCUCCCACUCCUGGCUCUGUGACGGACGACUCCUCUGCCUACAGGACCCCAGCAACAGCAACAACUGGAAGAUCUUCAGAGAGUGCUGGAAGCAGGGACAACCGGUGUUGGUGUCGGGGAUACAUAAACGGCUGAAAGAGAAUUUGUGGCGGCCUGAUGCUUUCAGUAGGGAGUUUGGUGACCAGGAUGUGGACCUGGUCAACUGUAGAAACUGUGCUAUCAUCUCUGAUGUGAAGGUACGAGACUUCUGGGACGGCUUCGAGAUCAUCUCCAAGCGACUGCAAGACACUGAGGGCCAUCCCAUGGUAUUAAAGUUAAAGGAUUGGCCUCCAGGUGAAGACUUUAGGGACAUGAUGCCCACAAGGUUUGAUGAUCUGAUGGAUAACCUCCCUUUGCCCGAGUACACAAAAAGAGACGGCCGUUUAAACCUCGCCGCCCGUCUGCCCAACUUUUUUGUGCGUCCUGAUCUUGGACCUAAGAUGUACAACGCCUAUGGCUUGACCUCCUCUGAAGACAGGAAGGUGGGAACCACGAAUCUCCAUCUGGAUGUCUCUGAUGCCGUUAACGUCAUGGUCUAUGUUGGCAUCCCUCAAAUAGAGGGAGACCCGGGGAAAGAGGCAGAUAUCAAUGGACGCAAAGAGGUCAUGACCACCAUCGAGGAGGGCGAUGUGGAUGAAAUGACCAAGAGGAGGGUGUACGAGCAACAGGAGAAACCUGGAGCUCUCUGGCACAUCUACGCUGCGAAGGAUGCAGAGAAGAUCAGAGAGCUGCUCCGCAAGGUGGGAGAGGAGCAGGGUCAAGAGAACCCUCCAGACCACGACCCCAUUCACGACCAGAGCUGGUACCUGGACCAGGUGCUCCGCCGCAGGCUCUAUGAAGAAUACGGCGUCCAGGGUUGGGCCAUUGUGCAGUUCUUAGGAGAUGCCGUGUUUAUCCCUGCUGGAGCGCCACACCAGGUGCACAACCUGUACAGCUGUAUCAAGGUGGCAGAGGACUUUGUGUCUCCUGAGCACGUGAAGCACUGUUUCAGACUGACCCAGGAGUUCAGACACCUGUCCACUACUCAUACAAACCACGAAGACAAGCUACAGGUGAAGAACAUCAUCUUUCAUGCAGUGAAGGACGCUGUUGGGACACUGAAGGCCCAUGAACCUAGACGCCCUUAGUUCCUCUCACUCAACGCUGUCCCAAAAACAACCACUCUACACACACACACACACACACACACACACACACCUACACACAUACAUACACACACACACACACACACACACACACACACACACACACACACACACACACACACACACACACACACACACACACACACACACACACACACACACACACACACCACAUAAGUACAGGCUGUAUGUUUUUUGGGGCAGUGAAUGUCAGGGUUAGGGGAAAAAUAACAUUUGAUUUGGGGAGGGAUUAGACGGCGAUGGGCUUGUCAGCAACAUGAUGAAGGAAGCCCUUUAACGCUGUAACGCAGUUUGCUUAAACUCUAGUGGUUUUCCAAUUAUUAUUAUUUUGAUUAACUCUGUAUUUAAGGUCAGUUUUUUCUGUUUGGUUGUUUUCAUUGUAUAUGUAAGAUGUGGGAGUUAGGGAGGUAACAGCUGACUUUACGAUGGAGCAGAGGUUCAGCUAACAUUUAAGUGACUGACAAAACGUGAGUACUGGGCUAACUUUCCAAUAAAGAUGACGCUGAAAUAUCUUAAAUAGGAGCAAGGUUAACCUGUUUUUAUAUAAUUUUUGUUUUCAAACAGCUGAUUGCUCCUGCCCUCUGUGGCUGAAACUAAUUUACGAAGCAGCAAGUGAGGGGAAGCAGACCAAAGUUUUGUAUUUUUGUUUUCUUAUUUCACUUUUAGAGGAAGUCGUUUUUUCUUUUUAUUCACCACAAGGCAAUGAUCGGAAGAGAUAGGGCAGGUUUGAUUUAUUUAGUUGAAGUUGUUGGGUCACCUAUAAUUGUCCCAUGGGUUGAAUUGAACAGCAGACCUCCAACAACUUUGUUUAAGAAUCACAAUUGCAGCAGAAACGAACUACUGGCCACUAACAUUGUAUCAAUAUAUAUAUAUAUAUAUAUAUAUUGAUCUUAGCAGUCUGUUUUGAUUUUUCACAAUAAAGUUUACAAAAACUA